GUGCUUCUGCUGUUUUGUAUCUGUGCUGUGAGUGGUCUGCUGUUAUUUUAAUGUCUGCUAUGGUGUUAAUUUAGUAGAAUUUAAAUUCUUAUAAUAUACAGUGUAUUAGGAUAUAUUUGUGAGCUAUAUAUUCAUAGGAUUUAUUUUCAGCAAUGGCCAUCAUAAUUUUGGGAUUAAACAUUCCAAAAGUGGUAGGGAAAAUUACCCCAGCUUGUAAAAAAUUAUUGACCUCUCAAGGAAAUCUGAAACUUCCAGCUAUAGGUUCAAGAAGGUCAAUUUGUGGGAAAACUUUAAGGGAUCCUGAUGUUAAAAGACCACCCCCUUUUCCUUAUAAAGAGAAGAGAUACACUAUGCUUCGAAGUUGGUUUGAUAGAACAACACAUAGAUUUGAUGAAAAUUCCAAGAUAAUUGUGGUUGAUGGGGCUGUUGCUUCAGGCAAAUCUGCUGUUGCAAAGCAGCUUGCAGAAGAAUUGGAUAUGUUGUACAUGCCAGAAGCAAACAUGGAUAUGAUAUAUAUAAAUCCAUAUGGCUAUAAUAUGAGACAGUUGGAUCCCCAACUACCAGAAUCUUGUCAAUCCUUUGAUACCAGGGAUUUUUGUUUGAAUCCCAACCAUUUGAAUGCAGCUGGUUUACAGCUAAUGUUAUACAGGUUAAAGUUUGCACAGUACAUUGAUGCAUUGGCUCAUGUAAUGAAUACAGGACAAGGAGUGGUCCUGGACAAAUCAUGUUACAGUGACUUUGCAUACAUCGAGGCAAUGGCAAAAGAAGGAUUCAUUUCAAAGGCUGCUCGAAGCGUCUACUAUGACGUAAAGAGGCACACGAUUGAUGAAUUGAUGAGGCCUCACCUGGCUAUCUACCUCGAUGUGCCGGUUGAUAAAGUUCAAGAGAAGAUCAAGAAAAGAGGUCGCCCUCAUGAACAGAACUCCAAAGCACUUUCAGCUUCCUUCCUUACGACACUUGAAGAAGCCUACAAAAGGCAGUAUCUGAAAGAAGUGAGCGCCCACAGUGAACUGCUGAUCUAUGACUGGUCUGAUGGAGGAGAUGUGGAAGUUGUGGUGGAGGACAUUGAACGGAUUGACUUUGAUAAGUACACAGUUUACGAUCAGAAACUGAAGGAUUGGAGACUUCACAAGGAGCAGGCCUGGUCAGACAAGAGAAUGAUAUAUACCGACCAAAAACAAUGGCUCAUGAAUUUCUUCAAUGUUCCGAGACUCGACUGCCCGGAACUGCUCAUUGACGGCAAUGACAUGAUGAAGUUCACGGAAGUCUGGUAUAAGGCUCCUGGGAUGAGAUACGAGAAGGGCUACAAUGAAAGUAUGGGAGAUACCGGUAUAUUGAUGAGGAUUUUCCCUCCGAAGAAGACGGAUUACCUUUAAGUUUAGUCCGUUGUGACCAACAUAAUAUACUGAAUGUUAACAUUUGGUUAUAAAAUAUAGCUGUUCUAAACACACGUGUUAACAUUUUGUGUACCUGUUCAUUGUUGAGAUUACAUAGUUGUGGAAAACAUAA